AGUAAGCAGUAUCUUGUAGCAAACCUACUACUCCAAGUGUACAAACGAUACUUUCGCUACUCGCAGCAGAUAGACCGCGUGUUUUUCAGUAUCCGAUUUGGAACCUAUUUUCACGGACGCCAAUGUUCGGUAAUUAACAACAUUUAGACAACUAGUUUAAUCGGUUUUGAAUAGUGCUAUCGCUUUUUUACUUAAAGUUGUUCCUCGUUGAUCAUCGGGUUUCUUAUGGCGACAAAAAUGCCCUUGAAGAGUGGAAGACUUGUUUUGGUGGCGGCUCUAUUGAUACAAAAAUAUUCGGGAGCUAAUAAAAUCGGCAACGUUGGAUAUAGAGACCCGACUGGUCAGCUGGACUUGGACCUGAGAGAAAUUCAAAGGCAAAAUCAAAUAACCAAGCAAAUUCUGCAAAAUUUUCUGGAAAAAAGCCUAUACGGCAAAAGAUUCUCCAAUACUCCAAGUUUGCUCGAUAUUUUGCCCAAUCGCAUAAUUCGAAGAACUUCUAGUAAUAACAUUCAAGAACUAUUGGGAAAUUCGACCCAAGAAAACGAUAGUAGGGAGACCUUAGAUGGCGAUGAAACUGAAAAUGUUGAUAGUUACUAUGAGGAUUUUGACUUUGAAGAUUGUCCUAACUGCAUAGAAGACACGUUACCAACGAUGAAUAGAUGGACGAUGCCUCUACUAAAGCUUGGUGAGAAGCGAUAUUAUUUGGGAAUCUUUUUUAAGGCAAAUUAUUUCCGGGCCACUCAGUAUUGCAGAUUUCAUGGAAUGCACCUUGCCAGUAUAACAUCACAAGAAGAAAAUGAUAAGCUAGAAAAGUACAUCAAAGACUUUGGAUUUGGAAACGAACAUUUCUGGACCUCUGGUACCGAUCUCGCAGAAGAAGGAAAUUUCUUCUGGAUGUCAACAGGCCGACCAAUCACCUUCACGAAUUGGAAUGCAGGGGAACCCAACAACUUCGAGUACGAGAAUGGGGAACAGGAGAAUUGCCUGGAACUCUGGAACCGAGAUGGAAAAGGGCUGAAAUGGAACGAUUCGCCUUGCUCGUUUGAAACGUACUUUGUCUGCGAAGUUCAACCAUAAGAUUUAUCCAAAGAUAGCAAUAAAACGUACAAUGUAGAAAUUUGUUGAAAGUGGCUGAAUGUGGUUGCGUGCGAUGUUUCUUGCCUAGAAUCAUUGGUAGAGGUUUAACAGGUUGUUUUACUAAAUGAAUUUUGUGCGAUCGAUAAUGGUUUCCUGGAAGAAUUUGAAUUUGUUACGCUAUUGAACAAAGUAAAAAUUAAUUUAUUUAAACAAAAUUAUUACAAGAAUAGUAUUAGUUUAAUAUGGUAUACGUAUUUCCAUGUUUGUGUGAUUAUAGUCAUUAGAUUUAGAAAGUAGGAGAGUCAUGUGCAUGUGGAGUCAGUGCCGGUAGAAAAUAGAUUUUUUACACUUUUGCAAACAAUUUUAUUUGAGUGUCAUGGAAAUUUAAAAAAAUGUUGUUAAUUUCCGUACAACAAGCCAGCCCUGUAUAUAGCAUUACAUAUAUUUACUUAUACUAAUAUUAGUGGGCAGUAAGUUCUUUAUCAUAAGUGAAAGAAGCAAACUAGUGUUAUUUUACAAUUCCCGUAUCAAAUUUCCUUGUAAACUUAGUCGGUAUCACACGUUGUAAAGCCAAUGACUACACAGUGAACGUUAUUGUUAUUGUGUUCGGUAAUUUUAAGUUUUCAACUCUGACGAUUAUUAGUUGUAAGUAACAAAUUAAAUAUAAUAUUUUACAACUAAA